AUGAACACCAUAUCCCUACUAGAACAAAGAGUAUCCGAUUUGGAAUCUUUAAUAGGAUCAUCCGAAACUGAUCUCAGUUCUAAUACAACCAUAAUCCAACAUUUAAACCAACUAACUCUAAAAUUACACUCAAUCUUAGAUCACGUGGCAAUCAACGUUUCUAAAAUCAUAUGGGAACUAAUGGAAAAAAUGUCUUCUACUUCCAUCAAUAAAAACUCAGAUUUAAAAAAAAAUCUCAUCUGCAUUAAUUGGGACAAACUUUAUACCAUAUUACAAAAUCUAAAAAAAAUAAACGAACUACUACAAAGUGAUAUAUUGCACAUCCAAUACUACAAUAUUUCAAAAAAAAUGGGUCACAAACAUAGCAUACCCCUUUUAAAAUUAUGGUUGGUUUCAAAUAACAUAAACAAAUUAAUUAUAAGAUCGUUAAAUUUAAUCAUUAUGUAA